AUGAGUAACUAGAGAAAUGCCAUUUGGAAAAAUGAUAAGAAAGCUGCCCCGGAUUUCCUCAUCUCAGCCCCAGACUCCACCUGCCCACUCUCUCCCCUCAUGCUCUCGUUUUCCAACCCACCUUCCUCUCCUGUCUAACUCUUAAGGCUCUCAGACUGCUCCCCAGCACCGUCUACCUCUCUCAGCUUACUGCCCUACCUCUUUCCCUCCUCUGACUAGAGCUAUCCCUUCUUGCCACCCUACCUUACAGAUUUCCCUGUCAAAAUCUUCCUCUAUUCCUUCCAGACCAUCCAUUUGCCGCUCUGUUCAUCUCGCUCCUCUUUCCUAUUAGUCCUUUGUCUUUGCUCCUACUCCUCCUUCCAACCCUUCUUUCUAGAUCUUUGGAGUCUGGUCCUCACCAACAUUCCAGCCAACCCCAACCAGACCUCUGUGAUUCACAAAUCUUAUCCCGGAGAGAUUAUUUCCCUGUGAGUGGGACAGUUCUGAUGCCAUCCAGCAUUGCCAGAACUGUGAUCUCCAGGAGCCUGACCUGGUGAGCGUUGGGAAUUCAAGAGAAUGCCAACCAACAUUCAGGUUGGAAGCCAGCCUGAAUGAGCUUCUACAUUUAUAACUGGCUUCUCCAUGGAACUUGGUCUGUGACCACAGAGCAAACAGCAAGAUCAGUGACACAAAGUAGAGAAGAGUGAGUGGAAAACAUCUAAUCUGAUCUCUAGGCAGAAAAUUUUAAAUUGCUUGUGUGACUUGCUUCCUAUUUUUAUUGGGCAGUACUGAUUUGAAGUUGAUUUCCCUGUUAGUUGAGUCUCAACAACUGCUCCUAAUUGAGAGGUAACACAGAUUUCAAGAAAAAUCUGCAACCCCAGACACUGGCUGAGAAGCUGGAGGACCAGGCCAUCAUGUUUUUCAACUCUACAGUUUUUUCAAUACAGAGUCUCAAGAGUUUAGAAGCACACUGAUGGCCUGGAAUGUCCCCCAGGAAAUGACUGUCCAAGGUGAGGUCCAAUCCAGUCCAUUACCUCCUGGGUCAGCUGCUGGACGUGUGCCCUCUCCUGGUGGUAUACAGGGGCCGUCCUAGUAACCAGGAUCUGGAGAGGCUGGGGAAGCGUGGGACGCCGUUGCCUGGAGAUGGCGCUCCGCCCUGUCCCCCAUCUCCCCAACCGGGCCAGCGUCCGGAGGGCAGUGAGAAGGAGCAGGACCGCACCCGGCACCGCCAAAGCCAUGGCCGGACGCCAAAAGGAGAAGGUGAUCCCAGAUGAGGUCCACCAGAACCAGAUCCUGCGGGAAUUAUACCUCAAAGAGCUUCGAACCCAGAAACUCUACACACAGUAUCACGCGAAUCCCCUCCGCAAGGUUCACACAAUCACCAGAAAGCCCAUGUCUUGGCACGAUAACCUAGAGGAACCCGCAGAUGCCAGGUUUCUAAAUCUUAUCCACCGUGCUGCUCAUGGGCCAAGGGAGAAAUACGCAGAGACACAGACUGAAAGCCAGGAAAUCGGAUGGGACUCAGAGCCCUUGGUCAACCCGGAACGUGAUGACCGCAGGCUGAACCACUUCAGGGUCUACAAUGAUAUCACGCUGUACAAGGCUAAAAUGUGGAGCUUGGGAGAGGACGAUCGCCACAAAUAGUCUUCCAGUGCUGACACGGCCCUGUCUUUAAUACCCAACGUGUGCGCUGCUCGAAUGAAUAAAGACUACUUUCAAGCCUUA